UCCUCUAUCUUCUUUCGCUUGGUUUCUAGUAUUCACUACAUCCAUCUUUAUAUUUCUCUCUUCAUUCCUGCUUUUGAGUUUACGAUUGAAGUCAAGAAAGAUCGAUAAUGGCGGGUGGAGGAGUAAUUGGUGUCGGCGGCGGCGGCGACGGCAGGAAGCCGUACCCCGGGAACCUUACUCCAUACGUCACUAUAACAUGUAUUGUUGCAGCCAUGGGGGGUCUGAUUUUCGGUUAUGAUAUUGGGAUUUCUGGUGGGGUGACGACUAUGACGCCAUUCCUUCAAAAGUUCUUCCGAAAAGUGUGGGAGAAGAAGGAAGCUGAUAAGUCGACUAACCAGUAUUGUCAAUACGAUAGCCAAACCCUGACGAUGUUCACAUCGUCGCUGUAUUUGGCUGCUCUUUUGUCUUCCUUGGUAGCCUCCACCGUCACCCGGAGGCUUGGAAGGAAAUUGUCCAUGCUCUUUGGUGGUCUACUUUUCUUCGCCGGAGCUCUUAUCAAUGGAUUUGCCAAAGCUGUUUGGAUGUUGAUUGUUGGUAGAAUGUUGCUUGGUUUCGGUGUCGGAUUCGCCAAUCAGUCAGUGCCCCUCUACCUCUCAGAAAUGGCACCCUACAAAUAUAGAGGAGCAUUGAACAUUGGGUUCCAAUUGUCAAUUACUGUUGGUAUCCUAAUUGCCAACGUGCUGAAUUAUUUCUUCGCUAAGAUCAAAGGAGGAUGGGGAUGGCGCCUGAGUUUGGGUGGCGCAAUGGUCCCUGCCCUUAUCAUCACCGUUGGAUCCCUAGUUCUACCUGACACACCAAACUCCAUGAUCGAACGUGGUCAAACCGAGGAAGCCAGAGCCAAACUCAAGAAAAUCCGAGGGGUUGAUGAUGUUGAUGAGGAGUUUAAGGACCUAGUCGCUGCCAGUGAUGCCUCGAAGCUUGUUCAUCACCCUUGGACCAACUUGUUGCAGAGGAAAUACAGGCCCCAUCUAACCAUGGCCAUCUUAAUUCCUUUCUUCCAACAACUAACCGGCAUUAAUGUCAUUAUGUUUUAUGCACCUGUAUUGUUCAACACAAUUGGUUUCGGGGACGAUGCUUCCCUCAUGUCCGCAGUGAUCACCGGUAUUGUUAACGUAGGUGCAACAUUGGUUUCAAUCUAUGGUGUUGAUAAGUGGGGAAGGAGGUUCCUUUUCCUAGAGGGUGGAGUUCAAAUGUUGAUUUGCCAGGCUGUUGUGGCGGCAUGCAUCGGUGCAAAGUUUGGGGUUAGCGGGAACCCAGGUGACCUUCCCAAAUGGUACGCCAUUACUGUGGUUCUUUUCAUCUGCAUUUACGUGGCCGGAUUCGCCUGGUCUUGGGGACCCCUCGGAUGGUUGGUGCCUAGUGAAAUUUUCCCAUUGGAAAUCCGAUCAGCCGCACAAAGUGUGAACGUGUCGGUGAACAUGAUCUUCACAUUCGCGGUGGCACAAGUGUUCUUAUCCAUGCUUUGCCACUUGAAAUUCGGGCUAUUCCUGUUCUUCGCCUUCUUUGUGGUGGUGAUGUCCAUCUUUGUGUACUACUUCUUGCCCGAGACAAAGGGUAUUCCAAUCGAAGAGAUGAACCAAGUCUGGAGAUCUCACUGGUAUUGGUCCCGAUUCGUCGAAGAAGCUGAUUACCCUAAUGGAGGUAUGGAAAUGAGCAAGGGAAACCAUGGUCCAAAGAAUGUGUAGAAUUGACUCCACCAAACUAUGGAUUAGUUAUUUACUUUUCCCCUCGUUUUCAUUUUUAGGUUUUGAUAUUAGUAUAUACUAUUGGUUUUUAAUGUUAUUGGAUCAAAUAUAUAUAUAAAUUUCAAUCAUACAA